UGAAUUUAUUGCUCCGGAUCCAGCUUUCAUCAUGAUAAGAAAAUUAAAUUAUGCCGUUUGUGUGAAAAUGUAAAUUUUCAUUUUUUUGUUUGUUUUCUGGUGAAAUUACAAAAAUAAUAUUUGGAACAUAAACUUGCAAAACAAGAUAAAUGCAGAUGCAGUUACAACAAUUUAUUUAUAAUACUAAUCAACAAUACAACAAUAAUGGCGAUCAACUUUUCUGCGUCAUUUGCAGCCUGUUUGGCGGCAAAUUUGAAAAUGCCGCGGCAUGUUAUGUACUGCAUAUCACAAGAUACCGGGGCGCCUUACGUGUUAUAUAAAGAUGGUAUGGACAGAAAUCCACAGACACAAUGGGGUAGCUCAUUACCAGAUACCAAUUACAGUAGUCAUGGACUUCCUCCCCCCACGAGUAGUCCACAGCACCAGACUGCACAACAUACUACACCUCAAUGUGGGUCUGGAACAGCACCUAUAGAUAAUACAGGUUCUAGUGGAAAUGAUCCAGUACCAGCAUUAGGAUCACCUGUUGCUAGUCCAUAUCCAGCCGCUGUUCCUGAAUCUCAAACUACAAGCAAUAAUAACAAUAAUAAUAAUACUAAUAAUAACAAUAAUAAUAAUAAUCAUCCAGCAAAUUUAAGUACAGAUGAAGAUCUACAAGAUAAUCAAACGUCACCCACAACAAAUGCAAGUGGGUUGCCACCAACUGCUGAAGUUCCAUCCUCACAGCAAUCAUGUUUUAAUCCUCCCGCUGCUCCUUUACAAACCACAACAUCUACAAGCAAUACUCAUAGCAAUCAUGGGAGUAAUCUGACAAAUGGGAAUCAACCCACAGAUUUACAAGUGCAGUCUGGUCAACCAGCUUAUCCUGGCCAACAGCCCCAUUAUUACAAAGACUCCAGAAAUGGAUCGCUGAAUUCAAAUCAAAACAAUUCUUUGCAAUCAUCACCAAUGCCUCAUCAUAUGUUGGGAAAUAUACCUGGUGGAUUUUCAUCAGCUGCAGCUCUACAUUAUCUGAAACAACCUGGUGUGAUGUUGGGAUCGUUAGGUGGAAUCGAUGGUGGAAGUGGAAACAGUCAUCCAUUGGUUGGCGGUUCUGAUGGUCUAUACGGUGGAAGCAACGGCAUGCCUGAUUUACUGUCUCCAUCCCAACAGAUGAGUGGUGGUCAUCAUCAAAAUGGUCUAGGCGGGAAAAUGAAAAACAGUAAUGGUAUUAAUGGCGACUUGCGUUUAUUUAAAUGUUUAACUUGUGGAAAAGAUUUCAAACAAAAAAGUACAUUAUUACAACAUGAACGCAUCCAUACAGAUUCGCGUCCAUACGGAUGUCCUGAGUGCGGCAAACGUUUCCGGCAACAAUCACAUCUCACGCAGCAUUUACGGAUCCACGCAAAUGAGAAACCCUACGCAUGUGUGUAUUGUGAGCGAACAUUCCGACAACGAGCGAUCCUGAACCAACAUCUGCGCAUCCACUCGGGUGAGAAGCCGUACGAAUGUAACGAAUGCGGCAAGCAUUUUCGUCAGAAGGCGAUUCUCAAUCAGCAUGUCCGGACACACCAAGAUGUAAGUCCACAUCUAAUAUUUAAAAAUGGAAUGACACCUACGUUAUGGCCGUCAGAUGUACCAUUUCCAGCGGAUGAGGGCAAAGAAGAAGUUGCGUCAACUUAUGGGGAUGGCGAUUCACAACACCCUGAUCAAAAUCGAAACUCAUGUUUCAGUCCAAGCGACCCUAUGCAAUAUCCUGCAUAUUUCAAAGACGCCAAAGGUAUGAAUCACAGUGUAUUUGGUUCCGGUAAUUUUGGAGCGUUACAAUAUUUGAAAAAUGGGAUCAAUGGUAAUAAGGGCUGUUUACCUGAUGUGAUACAACAUGGACGAUCAGCUGGUAUGCCACUUUAUGUACGAUGUCCAAUUUGCCAGAAAGAAUUUAAACAAAAAUCAACAUUAUUACAACAUGGUUGCAUACAUAUUGAAUCAAGGCCUUAUCCUUGUCCGGAAUGUGGUAAACGGUUUCGACAACAAUCCCAUUUAACACAACAUUUACGAAUACACACAAACGAAAAACCAUAUGGAUGUGUGUAUUGUGGGAGAAAUUUCCGGCAAAGAACAAUUUUAAAUCAACAUUUACGAAUUCAUACCGGUGAAAAACCAUAUAAAUGUCAACAAUGUGGUAAAGAUUUCCGUCAAAAAGCAAUACUUGAUCAACAUACACGGACACAUCAAGGUGAUCGACCGUUUUGUUGUCCAAUGCCGAACUGUCGAAGAAGAUUUGCAACAGAACCAGAAGUGAAAAAGCAUAUUGACAACCAUAUGAAUCCACAUGCGGCUAAAAAUCGAAGAAGUAGUAGUAGUAGUCUAGAUUUGAAACAUUUAAGUGGUCCCACUGGUGGUCCAUUAAAUGGAUCACUCGACUUAAAACAUUUAAGUAGCGCAAAUCCAUUAAAUGGAAUGGAUCGUAAUGCUGCAGCAUUAUUACCGGGUGUAGUUAAACCAGAAUUAUAUUUCCCACAAUGUUAUGCACCAAAUUUUAAUGGUACUGGAACAACACCAUCAUUUCCACCAAGCGGACAAACAACACCGGGUACAACAGCAGCCGCCGCCGGAUCAUCAAACGAAUUCAAGUCACCAAAUACAGCAAUUCAAGCACAGUGACUAAUGCCCAAUUGGCAAUUAAGCCACUGUAUCGGGUGACAUUAAAAUACAUUCGAUGACAACAUACCAAACAACAUUAAAAGGCACUAAUUUUAAUUAUUAAAUGACUGUACACACAAUAAUUAAUAAAAAAAAAUUAGAAUAUUGGUAUUUUAUAAGUGAUUGUGAUUAUUUUAGAAAGUAUUUUACAUAACGAUUUUAUUGAACAA